UCCCGCUGCAUCCACCCGCCCGAGCCAUGACCCAACGAGAAGUCCUCCCAACCACCGUUCGGCCUGUCCACUACCUGGUCUCCCUGACCCCUGCUCUGCAGGCUCCCUUUGUCUACUCUGGAUCGGUCGUCAUCAGACUGCAUGUCAACGAGACAACCAGCAGCGUCAUCUGCAAUGCCGACAAGCUCGCCAUCUCCUCGGCCUCAAUCAGCGGCGUCAACCUCAAGACCGAGUUCAGCCAAGUGGCGACCUCAAUCUCUUACGAUGAAGCCCUCCAGCGAGCCACCUUCACUUUUGCCCAGCCGCUGCAGGCCGGUACCCAAGCCGAGCUCAAGCUGAUCUUUACCGGCGAGCACAACGAUCAACUCAGCGGCUUCUACCGCAGCACCUACAAGGAUCAAGAUGGAUCGGACAAAUUCUUGGUCUCGACUCAUUUUGAGCCUGUUGGCGCACGCCGAGCAUUCCCCUGCUGGGACGAGCCUGGUCUGAAGGCCAAGUUCGAUGUCAAGCUCACGAUCGACCGCGAACUCUCCGGCCUGUCAAACACCCAUGUCGUUGCCGAGAAGGAUGUGGUCGUCGAUGGCGCUCCCAAGCGCGAGCUUUCGUUUGCCACUUCCCCGCUCAUGAGCACCUAUCUGAUCGCCUUCUGUGUCGGCGAGCUGGAGUUUAUCGAGGCCAUCGCCCAUCCCACCAAGCCUGCCGCAGCCAAGCCUGUGACCGUCCGGGUCUACACCGUCCCUGGCAACAAGGAGACUGGCCGAUUUGCCCUGGAGCUCGGUGCGCGCACGGUCGAGUAUUUCUCGGAGUACUUUGACAUGCCCUACCCUCUGGAGAAGCUCGAUCUCAUUGCCAUCCCAGACUUCCCCAUCGGCGGCAUGGAAAACUGGGGCUUGAUCACGUUCCGAACCUCGGCUCUACUCUUUGAUCCCAAGGCUUCGACUGCGACCAAGAAGCAGAUGGUGUCCUCUGUUGUUUGCCACGAAAUUGCCCACAUGUGGUUCGGCAACCUGGUUACUAUGGAAUGGUGGUCUGAUCUCUGGCUCAAGGAAGGUUUUGCCACCUAUGUCGGAGAAAUGGCGGUCGAUCACUUCUAUCCCGACUGGCACAUCUGGUCCGAGUUCUUGGACAGCUUCCUCUCUGCUCAGAAGCUGGAUGCCCUUCGUUCCAGCCACCCGAUCGAGGUCCCAGUGACCAAGGCCAGUGACAUUGCCCAGAUCUUUGAUCAAAUCUCAUACGAGAAAGGCGCCUCAAUCAUCCGUAUGCUUGCGAGCUUCCUCGGCCGUGAGACGUUCAUGAACGGUGUUCGCGCCUAUUUGAAAAAGCACCAGUUCAGCAACACUACGACCGACGAUCUCUGGAGCUCUCUGAACGACGCCUCUGGAAAGGACGUUCAGGGCCUGAUGCAUGCCUGGACCCGCCGUGUCGGCUAUCCCGUCGUCAGCGUCCUCUCGGAGAGCUACGAUCCCGUCAAGAAGGAGCUGACGAUUCAUGUGCGACAGAACCGCUUCCUCUCCUCCGGAGCCGCACCCGAGAGCGAAGAUACUACCCUGUGGGCGAUUCCUCUUUUGAUCGUCACCCAUCUUUCGCCCAACAGCCCCACCCAGCACGUUCUUGCCGAGCGCGAGGCGGUCAUCACCCUGCCCUACGAUGACUCGGCCGACAGCUUCUUCAAGCUCAACUACCAGACCACAUCAUUCUUCAGGACCAACCUGCCAGCAUCGUCGAUCGAGCGUCUUGGCUCGGCUAUCGCAAAGAACAUCGACGCCAUCUCGGUCGACGACCGCACUGGCCUUCUCAGCGAUGUGUUCGCCUUGGCUGAGGCCGGCUAUGUUCCUACGACCGACGCCCUCCGUUUGCUCGAGAACUUUGACAAGGAGAACAGCUUCAUCGUCAUGGUCACCAUCGUGGACAAGCUCGUGCUCAUCAAGAAUGCAUUCUACCGCGAGGAUCCCGCCAUCGUGGCUGCCCUUCAGAAACUACAGCUCCACAUCUUCGCCAAGAAGGCUCGCGAGCUCGGCAUCAUCUACUCGCCCGAUGACAGCCACAUCACCACCCGCACACGAACUCUUGUCAUUGGUGCCGCCGUUGGUGCCGGCGACGAAAGCCUGCGCAAGGAGUACGAGCGACUCUUUGAAGAGUACAUCGGCGGCAACACUGAAGCCAUCCCUUCCGAUCUGUUGCCCGGUGUCUUUGCCGUCACGCUGGCACAUAGCAAGCACCCGGAGCGCGACUUUGAGCGUGUCUUCAAUUUGUUCCGCACCACCAAGUCAGACGAUGUUCGUCUCGCCGCCCUGCGCGCCUUUGGUCACCCGACCGAAACGUCCCUCAUUUCCAGGGUCCUCGGGUAUACCCUCGACUCUGAGGUGCUCCGUUCCCAGGAUGUCACCCAGGUGAUCGCGACACUCGCCCUUCGAAACAACAACCCCCUGGUUGCUCGACCCCUUGUCUGGAACUGGAUUGUGUCGCAGUGGGAGGCCAUUUACGAAAAGUUCUCGGCCUCGCACGCAUUGUGGGCCAUCUUUGGCUUCGCUAUCGAGACUCUGAUCGGUGACGAGUACGUCAAGGCCAUCUUGGACUGGUCCGAGGGUGCAGAUCUCGCUCCCGAGCAGCGGGCCCGCCGCCAGGAGCAAGUCCAGAAGAUCCAGAUGGUGCUGAACCAGAAAAUCGAGACCAUUCGUUCUACGACUGCAUAUGUCGACAAGAACCGGGAGGGGCUCUUGAAGUGGGCUCAAGAGGCUCGAGUCUGAGCCGCCAUCUGAUCUUGGCUUGAUCCUUGAUCAGCAAUCACUCGGAACCCCAAGGGAACCGUUAUAAGAGGCCCGGACUCCUGCGACGAAUCCGCUCGUUCCGAGAUCCACAUUACCCCAUCGUCCUUUCAAGCGCUUGAGACGGCCCGCAGUGUUUGCAAAAGUGAUGUUCGAUUGUCAGGGAUGCAAUAUAUAUUGAACUGAAUGUCGAGUGCCAC